CGAGCGAUUCCCUUUCGAUAAAUGAUCAGCAGAUCACUUCCUUUUUUGCUGCAGCACUAGCUAUGAAGGGAUCUAAGAAGCUCGCUGGAGAGAAAGCCGCAAAGGCUCCUGUGGCCAAGACGGAAGAAAAGAAAAAUGCCGCAGCCGAAAAAAAGGCAAAGAAGGCCCGAGUUAAGGUUAUCAAGGGUCCCCGUGGCUCGCACAUCCGUAAGGUGCGGACUUCCACCAUUUUCCGUCGGCCAAAGACCGUGAAACUUCUGAGGAAGCCGAAGUUCCCUCGCAAGACUGCCACUAAAAAGGUAACGAUGGACAAGUUCUCGAUCAUUAAGCAUCCAAUCAACACGGAGUCGGCAAUGAAGAAAAUCGAAGACAAUAACACACUGGUGUUCAUCGUUCACAUCAGGGCCACGAAACACCAGAUCAAGACUGCCGUCAAGCAAUUGUAUGAUAUCAAAGUAUCCAAAGUGAACACUCUCCUGCGACCCGAUAUGAAGAAAAAGGCGUACGUUCGUUUGACCGCGGAUUAUGAUGCUCUCGAUGUUGCCAACAAGAUCGGCAUUAUCUAAACGCUUUAUGCACCAAUGUGCGUUGUCCUAUUUCUGUGCGUCGUUUAAAACCUGUACGCUAAACUAAGAAAAAUAAAGGUCUGCACUUAAGGCAAAAAUGAA